CCGUUCGAAAAGUGCUGAGAUACAGGUCGAGCUUGUCCAAAGUUCGAGCUCGAUUGUUGUUCUCUACUAGACGAUACGCCUGUCGAAUUCUGAUAGGCCUGACCGCUACUGCUACUACCACUACUACUGUUGGCAGCACCACUCCCACUUGCAGUUCCGGUAACCCGCGCGAUCGUCGCUCCAAAGGAUCGUUGUUGCGUCAAGGGUGGAGGUUGAGGAUGACCUUGCUGUUGAUGCUGUUGGUGCGAGCUCGGGGUCUUGUCUCUCUGGAAUUUAGACAAGAACGAGUUGGGCAUGGUGGGCUAGGUGAGCAGGCGAACGGUGGUGUCGAUGGAGAGAGAGGAAGGGUAUCGGGUAGCCAAGGGCGAGGAGAGGGCGACGAGGACGAGGUGUCAGGGGCAGAUGUGUGCUCGGCAAGGUUGGUACUCCCCCCCACACUAGCGCCUAAAAGAGAUGAGUUGAUGGUCGAAAUCCAGUCGUUCUCGAUCUGAGAGAUCCGAGAGUUGCGUUGUACCGUCACUUUCUGAGACGCUACGAGCUACGCUGUAUUGCAAGCUUGCUCGCAACGCAUGGAUCGCAUUCGAUG